CGGUAGCGCGCGAGUAGGAAGUGGUGAUUCCUGGAAUAGAGAUGGCCGCGCUUGCUCAGCUGCCCCCACUCCCCCCCCAGUUUAAGAGCAUACAGCAUCAUCUGAGGACGGCUCAGGAGCAUGACAAGCGGGACCCUGUGGUCGCUUAUUACUGUCGUUUAUAUGCAAUGCAAACUGGAAUGAAGAUUGAUAGUAAAACUCCAGAAUGUCGUAAAUUUUUAUCAAAGCUAAUGGAUCAGUUAGAAGCUCUUAAGAAACAGUUGGGUGAUAAUGAAGCUAUUACUCAAGAAAUAGUUGGUUCUGCCCACUUGGAGAAUUAUGCUUUGAAAAUGUUUUUGUAUGCAGAUAAUGAAGAUCGUGCUGGACGAUUUCACAAAAACAUGAUCAAGUCUUUCUAUACUGCAAGUCUUUUAAUAGAUGUCAUAACAGUGUUUGGAGAACUCACUGAUGAAAAUGUGAAACACAGAAAGUAUGCAAGGUGGAAGGCAACAUAUAUCCAUAACUGUUUAAAGAAUGGAGAGACUCCUCAAGCAGGGCCUGUUGGAAUUGAAGAAGAUAAUGAUGUUGAAGAAAAUGAAGAUGCUGGGGCCACACCCCUGCCUACUCAGCCACCCCGGCCUUCAUCUUCAGCUUACGACCCAGGCAGCGUGCCGUCCAGCAGCUUCACGGGAAUCCAGAUCCCCCCCGGUGCGCACGCUCCAGCCAACACGCCAGCGGAAGUGCCUUCCAGCGCAGGUGUAACAAGUAAUACUAUCCAGCCUACUCCCCAGACUGUUCCGGCUAUUGAUCCUGCACUUUUCAGUACAGUGUCCCAGGCGGAUAUCCGUCUAACACCAGAGGACUUUGCCAGAGCUCAGAAAUACUGCAAGUAUGCUGGCAGUGCUCUGCAGUAUGAGGAUGUCAGCACAGCGGUGCAGAAUCUACAGAAGGCCCUCAAGUUGCUAACUACGGGCAGAGAAUGAAGCCUUUGUACCACAAGUCCGUACAUUUUUGGCUUAAAGAACUAACAGUCCAUUACUCUCUCUUCAGCCUAUCAGGAGCACAGUUUUAAGGAAGACUUCAGUUGCAUUGACUAUAACAAUGAAAUCUGUGUCUGUGUAUCAGAUUCCUGUUGAAGCAUUCAGCAGCAGCCUCAACCAGUUUUCAUUGUCCAUUUAGUGGAUCCAGUAAUCUCCGGGUAUAUCGGGCUGAUGUUAGCAAGAUCCAGAAAUGCCCAUUGAACCCUGCUUCAGAGAAUGAAAUCACACUUCUACAAAAUGUAUUGGGAUUCGCAGUGUAUCUUAAUAUACAUAAAUUAAAGACUUUUAAAAAUCUUAUAAUUUGGACACACAGGCUAUAUUACUUUUAUAAAAUUCUAAAUUUAACUUUUAAUAGAAAUUGCCAGAAUAUUCUAGAUUAGAGAUCAUGUUUCCACCCCCCCCCCCGGAUUUAUAAAACAAAUAUGAACAUCCUAAACUGUUAGAUGAAUUUGAGAGGGAUUAUGUUCAAAAUUAAAAUAUGUUCAUGUUUAAUAGAACUACAUUAAAAGUGAAAAUUGUUACAGAAGAAACCAAGGUAAAGAGGUAGAAUCACUUUUAGACUUAAGAAUAAUGUUGGUUUCCCAACAGCUUUCCCUUCUCCAUUGAAGCUUAAAGUGAAUUGGUAUUUAUUCAUAGGCAGUUUGACUGCAUGUAUUAGGGAAUGAAAAGAAGACAUUUGUAGUAAUGCCUGGAAACUUGGUGCUUUAAGUUAAGGUUCUCCUCUGCUGCUAUGGAAUGGAUUCCAUAAAGUGGAUAGCUCUGAGCGCUGCAGAAGACUACAAGAAUUUAGACUCUCAGUUGUUCAGUUUAUAAGUUUUGUGGGAAGUGACGGACUUACUGUGUGUCACCUACAUUUGUGCUGUGUAAAAAAUAAAUACAAGGAUUCUUUUAACUCGUUCCGUUUAUCACAAAGCCAAAUGUCUGUUUUAAUUUGCAUGCUAGAGUUGUCAUUUUUUUUUUAAGUCAUUAUGUUUAGUUACAGGAACAUGGAUGUUUCUAAAGUAAAAGGCGAACAAUUUUUAAAAAGAGGUAAAUUUGCUAAAUUUACCUGAAAUUUAUCUGGUUCAUUUCAUUCAUCCCACUGAGAUUGGAGUCAUUUAACGUAGGGGUCCACAAACUAUGUAUGGUCAAUGGGCAGACCACCAGUUAUGUAAAUAAAGUUUUAUUGAACUAAAA